UUGCGAGAGGCAUUCCGGCUGUAACUGUUGUAAGCAUCGGUUGCGGUGCGAGCUCGUGAUUUUCGCUGAAGUCAAUCUCAAUCAAACUACUACAAAAUGACCGGUCGCGGCAAGGGAGGGAAAGGUCUUGGAAAGGGAGGAGCCAAGCGUCACAGGAAGGUGCUUCGUGAUAACAUCCAGGGCAUCACCAAACCGGCCAUCCGUCGUUUGGCCCGCAGAGGAGGUGUCAAGCGUAUCUCCGGUUUGAUAUACGAGGAGACGCGUGGUGUGCUCAAGGUGUUCCUCGAGAACGUGAUCCGCGACGCGGUCACUUACACAGAGCACGCGAAGAGGAAGACCGUCACCGCUAUGGACGUUGUAUACGCUCUGAAGCGCCAGGGCCGUACCCUCUACGGUUUCGGCGGUUAGAGCUGAUGAUUGAUGAGUUACGCUCACACAAUUACUCUACGCGUUGUGCCAUGUAUCUGUGUGAGAUUUGUGAUGUGAUGUAGUAGCGAGUGGUGGUGAGUAACGUAGUGUAUUAUUCUAUGCAGUCUACUGACUGAUAUGUUUAAUACACUAGGUUGUGUCACGAACAAACUUAACACACACACACGCACGCUGCUGCUUCCAUCCGUUCGCACUUUUACAGCAACUCAACGCUGUAACAAAUAAAAAAGGCCCUUUUCAGGGCCGCAUAUGAUUCCUUUUAUCUCAAAAUCGUUUCUAAGACUAUGCGAACAGUCGAUACCUACCACCUAGGUAUGAUAUGGUCUCUCCUCUCUCUGAU